CACACACACACACACACACACACACACUCAGCUGUCAUUGUCAGUCGACCUGAGAAAUGCACGAGACUGAUUUAGCAAUGGAGGAGAGUCCACGUGUGAAAGACUUGCAGAAAGUUCUGUUUGGAGGCAAACGUUUUGGCAAUCAUGUGGAUGAAGUUAGUCCUGGUCUGUUCCUUGGUGACAUGUCAGCAGCCAAUGACCGCUACACGGUGUGGAAGCUGGGAAUUACACACGUCUUGAACGCAGCACACGGCAGCCGGUGCAGUGAAGGCAGCAGACGUUACUACGGAGACGGCGUGCAUUAUUACGGCGUGCCUGCAGACGACUCGCCCACCUUUGACCUUUCGCCGUAUUUCUUCCCGUGUGCAGAGUUCAUCCGCCACGCUCUUUGCACGGCCGGAGGUAAAGCUGCUGUGUUGGUGCACUGUGCAGCAGGUGUGAGUAGGUCCGCAGCUCUGCUCUUGUCCUACUCCAUGAUCUGUCACGCAUGCACGCUGACGGACGCCAUACUGAAGGUCAAAGAGCGCCGCUGGAUUUUCCCCAAUAAAGGAUUCCUCAAGCAGCUCUGUGCCUUACAAGUCAAACUACGCCAGCCAUACUAUUUAGUGCAACGGGGAAUGAAAAUGUGGGCCCGCAAAGGUAAAAAGAAAGAAUACCUGACGGUGAAGGACCUGCAGAACAUUCUGGACACGUGCAAACUGCGCCUGGGUCAGAUCGACGAGGUGUGGCCCAACAUCUACAUAGGUAACGUGUCAGUGGCUCAGACCAAGACGGCCUUGGUCCGCUUGGGGAUAACUCACGUCUUGAACGCCGCGCACUCCAAGAAAGGCAGCAUCGGGAACCAGGGAUUCUACGGCAAGGACUUUGAGUACUGCGGCAUUCCUGCCGACGACUCCACGCACUUUGACCUGGAUGUUUACUUCCGACCCGCCGCCGACUUCAUUCACAAAGGACUCAAGGCUCCGCACGGGAAAGUGCUGGUGCAUUGCAUCAUGGGAAUGAGCCGCUCGUCCACCCUGGUGCUGGCCUACCUGAUGAUCUACCGGCACCUGCCCCUGGAGCGGGCUCUGCAGCGGCUGGUGAAGAAGAGAGCCAUCUACCCCAACAGGAACUUCCUGGCGCUGCUGCUGGACUUGGACCUGCAGCUCAGCAGCAAGAACAACAGCAGCUGUCAGAUCUUGUGACCCAAAACUUAUGUUCCAUCAGCACCGAGAUGCAGGUGGUGGCAAGAGUGUCAUGGUGAUGAUGUAUUUGUUAUAUUGACUGUACAUCAUCAUUUAUCUUAAAUGUUGUAUGCUGACGUAUUUAUUAUACUGACUGUACAUCAUCAUUUAUCUUAAACGUUGUAUGCUGAUGUACUGUAGUCUUUAUUCUUCGUACUGUACAUCAUCAUUUAUCUUAAACAAUGUAUGCUGAUGUACUGUAGUGUUUAUUCGACCAACUGUACAUCAUUAUUCAUCUUUAACAAUGCAUGCUGAUGUAUUGUAGUAUUUAUUCUACUUACGGUACAUCAUCAUUUAUCUUAGACGUUGUAUGCUGAUGUACUGUAGUAUUUAUUCUACUUACUGUACAUCAUCAUUUAUCUUAAAUAUUGCAUGCUGAUGUAUUGUAGUAUUUAUUCUACUUACGGUACAUCAUCAUUUAUCUUAGACAUUGUAUGCUGAUGUACCGUAGUAUUUAUUCUACUUACGGUACAUCAUUUAUCUUUGACGUUGUAUGCUGAUGUACUGUAGUAUUUAUUUGAUCUACUGUAAAUCAUCAUUUAUCUUAAACGUUGUAUGCUGAUGUAUUGUAGUAUUUAUUCUACCUACUAUACAUCAUCAUUUAUCUUGGACGUUGUAUGCUGAUGUACUGUAGUAUUUAUUCUACUUGCGGUACAUCAUCAUUUAUCUUAGAUGUUGUAUGCUGAUGUACAGUAGUAUUUAUUCUACUUACGGUACAUCAUCAUUUAUCUUAGAAGUCCUAUGCUGGUGUAUUGUAGUAUUUAUUCUACUUGCGGUACAUCAUCAUUUAUCUUAGACGUUGUAUGCUGAUGUACUGUAGUAUUUAUUCUACUUACGGUACAUCAUUUAUCUUUGAUGUUGUAUGCAGAUCUACUGUAGUAUUUAUUUGAUCUACUGUACAUCAUAAUUUAUCUUAAACGUUGUAUGCUGAUGUAUUAUAGUAUUUAUUCUACCUACUGUACAUCAUCAUUUAUCUUAGAUGUUGUAUGCCUUUGUACUGUAGUAUUUAUUCUACUUACGGUACAUCAUUUGUCUUUGACGUUGUAUGCUGAUGUACUGUAGUAUUUAUUUGAUCUACUGUACAUCAUCAUUUAUCUUAGACGUUGUAUGAUGAUGUACUGUAGUAUUUAUUCUACCUACUGUACAUGAUCAUUUAUUUUAAAUGUUGUAUGCCAAUGUACUGUAGUAUUUAUUCUUCGUACUGUACAUCAUCAUUUAUCAUAAACAUUGUAUGCUGAUGCACUGUAGUGUUUAUUCGACCAACUGUACAUCAUCAUUUAUCUUAGACGUAUGCUGGUGUACUGUAGUAUUUAUUCUACUUACUGUAUAUCAUAUUUUAUUUUAAAAAUUGUAUGCUGAUUUACUGUAGUAUUUAUUCGACCUACUGUACAAUAUCAUUUAUCUUAGAUGUUGUAUGUUGAUGUACUGUCGUAUUUAUUCGACCUACAGUACAUCAUCAUUUAUCUUAGAUGUUGUAUGCUGAUGUAUUAUAGUAUUUAUUCUACCUACUGUACAUCAUCAUUCAUCUGAAACUUUGUAUGCUGAUAUAUUGUAAGAUUUAUUUGACCUACAGUACAUCAUUAUUCAUCUUAGCCGUUGUAUGCUGAUGUACUGUAGUAUUUAUUCUACUUACGGUACAUCAUCAUUUGUUUUAAAUGUUGUAUGCUGGUGUACUGUAGUAUUUAUUCUACCUACUGUACAUCAUUAUUUAUUUUAAACGUUGUAUGCUGAUGUACUGUAGUAUUUAUUCUACUUACUGUACAUCAUCAUUUAUCUUAGACAUUGUAUGCUGGUGUAUUGUUGUAUUUAUUCUACUUAUUGUACAUAUAUUUUUUUUAAACGUUAUAUGCUAAUGUACUGUAGUAUUCUACUUACUGUACAUAAUCAUUUCUCUUAAACGUUGUAUGUUGAUGUACUGUAGUAUUCAUUCUACUUACUGUACAUCAUCCUUUAUUUUAAAUGUUGUAUGCUGAUGUACCGUAGUAGUUAUUCUAUUUUAUUGUAUAUCAUAUAUAUUUGAAAAAUUGUAUGCCAAUGUACUGUAGUAUUUAUUCUACUUACAGUACAUCAUCAUUCAUCUUAGAUGUCGUAUGCUGAUGUACUGGAGUAUUUAUUCCACUUACCGUACAUCAUUUAUCCUAAACAUAUGGUGAUGUACUGUAGUAUUUAUUCUACUCACUCUACAACAUAUUUUCUUUUAAAAGUUGUCUGCUAAUGUACUGUAGUGUUUAUUAUACUCACAGUACAUAAUCAUUCAUCUUAAACGUUGUAUGCUGAUGUACUGUAGUAUUUAUUCUACUUACGGUACAUCAUUUAUCUUCAAUGUGGUAUGCUGAUGGACUGCAGUAUUUAUUCUACUUACUGUAUAUCGAAUCUUAUUUUAAAAUCUUAAUGCUGAUGUACUGUAGUAUUUAUUCUACUCACGGUACAUCAUCAUUUAUCUAAAAUGUUUGUUGAUGUACUGUAGUAUUUAUUCUACUUACGGUAAUUCGUCAUUUAUCUUAAACGUUGUAUGCUGAUGGACCGUAGUAUUUACUCUAUUUACUGUAUAUCAUAUUUUAUUUUAAAGUUGUAUGCUGAUGUACUGUAGUAUUUAUUCUACUUACGGUACAUUUUUUAUCUCAAAUGUUGUAUUUUGAUGUUGUAUAGUAUUUAUUCUACUUACGGUACAUCAUAAUGUAUCUUAAAUGAAUGCUGAUGUACUGUAAUAUUUAUUUGACUUAUUGUACAUCAUUUUUUAUUUUAAAAGUUAUAUGCUGAUGUACUGUAGUAUUUAUUCUACUUACUGUACAUAAUCAUUUAUCUUAAACGUAUGUUGAUGUACUAUCGUAUUUAUUCUACUUACUGUAAAUCAUCUUUUAUUUUAAACGUAGUUUGCUGAUGUACUGUAGUAUUUAUUCUACUUACGGUAGAUAAUCAUUUUUCUUAAACGUAUGUUGAUGAUGUACUGUCGUAUUUAUUCUACUUACUGUACAUCAAUUUUUAUUUUAAGUGUUGUUUGCUGAUAUACUGUAGUAUUUAUUCUACUUAUUGUAUAUCGUAUUUUAUUUUAAAUGUUUUGUGCUGAUGUACUGUAGUAUUUAUUCUUACUGUACAUCAUAGUUUAUCUUAAAAGUUGUAUGCUGAUGUACUGUAGUAUUUAUUCUACUUACAUCAUAAUUUAUCUUAAACGGUUAUUUAUUCUACUUACGGUACAUCAUAAUGUAUCUUAAAUGAAUGCUGAUGUACUGUAAUAUUUAUUUGACUUAUUGUACAUCAUUUUUUAUUUUAAAAGUUAUAUGCUGAUGUACUGUAGUAUUUAUUCUACUUACGGUACAUCAUUUAUCUUAAACGUAUGCUGAUGUACUGUAGCAUGUAUUCUACCUACUGUACAUCAUAAUUUAUUUAAAAAGUUGUAUGCUGAUGUACUGUAGUAUUUAUUCUACUUACGGUGCAUCUAAUGAAUCUGACAGGUUGUAUGUUGAUGUACUAGAGUAUUUAUUCUACUUACGGUACAUCAUAAUUUAUCUUCAACAUAUGCUGAUGUACUGUAGUAUUUAUUCUACUUACUGUACAUCAUUUAUUUUAAACAUAUGUUGAUGUUCUGUAGUAUUUAUUUUACUUACUGUAUAUCAUCUUUUAUCCAAAAUGUUGUAUACUGAUGUAUUGUGGUAUUCUACUUACUGUACAUCAUUUAUUUUAAAUGUUGUAUGUUGAUGUACUGUAGUAUUUAUUCUACUUACUGUACAUCAUCUUUUAUCCUAAAGGUUGUACACCGAUGUACUGUAGUAUUUGUUCUACUUACGGUACAUCAUCAUUUAUCCUAAACAUAGUAUGAUUUGCUCGAAAUGGACGGAAUAAAUGUACUGCAAAUAUUUCUUUGUGACAACAUCAUUAUGUAAAUAAAUGGUCAGCUAAAUCUA